CGUUAUGCUCCUUUCCUUUUACACAUCGACGGAAUCAGUUCACCGCCGUGAUGACUCUUCUCAGCGACAUGACCGUUUCUGCCCACCACCGGGGCUGAACACUAGACAAACGUCGAACGCAGUUCUUCGCGGUCAUCAUCAUCAUGAAUCCCGAGUCUGAAGUCGUAUCCGAAGGUCCUUUCUCCAUAGUGACCCGUGUUAAAACCAGCCUUCCGGGCCAGCCAACGAGAUGGAUAGCCAUAAAAUCGUCCACCACAAACCGAGACCUGGCGAGAAAACCACACGACAUCAUCAAGGAGGCGAGACUCAUCGCGUCGACCUGUCACCCCAACGUCAAUCCUUUGAUCAAGCAGGUGGCCGAGAGACCACAGUGGCUAAGCCUAUGGAUGCCCUAUAUGCCGUAUUCCGUCCACGACCUCCUGUCGUCGGCGUUAUUCUCCCCGCAUCCCAGAGUGUCGUUUGGAAAUGGAGACACCUCUGUCGCUAGUCCCCGGGAACAGCGGUUCGUGGUUCUUGCAAAGUCAAUCAUGUUCCAGGUCCUCUGUGCUGUCGACUACCUGCACCAGAUAGCCAUGAUUGCACACCGGGAUAUCAAACCGAGCAAUAUACUCCUGACCGCCACGGGAUGCGUCAGACUCAUCGACUUUGGCAUUGCAUGGAAGCAGGAAGACGACAAGCAUACGACUACGAGAGAUUUAUGGCCGGAGCAACUACACGACAUGUACUUUGAGGUCUCUACGGGUGCUUAUCGCGCCCCAGAGUUACUUUUUGGACCGCGGUCGUACGACGCGUUUGCCAUCGACCGCUGGAGUCUCGGCGUAACGUUCGCUGAAUUCUUUACGCCCUCCCGCUUACGCAGCGAUGAGCAAGAUGAUAUGGACACCUUCACAGCCACAGAUUCGGAUUCAGAGUCGCAUGCCGAGGAGCCCCCAAGCGUGCGUCCAACGGAUCCCACUGCCAGAUGGGUCAGGGAUAGUCUUUUCGAGGGUGAGCGCGGUGAGAUUGUGUUAGCUUGGAGCGUCUUCAAGGUUCGCGGGUCUCCGAACGAUACCAACUGGCCUUCGUUCGCGCAGCUACCAGACGCAGGAAAGCUGUCAUUUCUCGAAACCAAUGCAGUCGACCUCGCCCCGCUUUUACCUAACUUGCCCCCUUCGUUACGUCACAUACAACUGGACACCAAAACGCACACACCUUCAGCGGAAAAGUUGGCCAUUCCUCUCGAUCUCGUACAUCGUUUCCUUGUCUACGAACCUUCACGUCGGCUUCAUGCCCAGGAAGCACUACGCCAUCCAUGGUUUUUCGCUGAGCCGUCGCUGCUUUUACCUCAGGAUUAUGUGGGAUCUACUCAACUAGAACAGUUGGAAGGCAUAACGUUACUGACUAGCUGGGAAUCUAAAUCCCUUGGGGACAUGAUAAUGGCGAACCUUCCAGGACAUGGAGAUUGAAUACACAGUAUAAUUGAAA